UCCUCCUCCUCCUCCUCCUCCAAACGCAUGCCUGACAGGCCCGUCGGCGCCGGCGGCCAGGAAGGAGCCUGAGGAGGAAGGAGGGGCGGAUGGAUGGAUGGAUCCCCGCGUGGCCUGGAUCCAGCCCGAGCAGAAAGGCCCCGCCAAUGCGCUCUGGAUGCAGAUCUGGGAGACCUCGCAAGGCCGGGCCGGCAGCGUAGGCUCGGCCUCCUCCUCCUCGUCCUCCUCGCCCUCUUUACCUCCCUCUUCUUCCUCGGCGCCUCCCUUCCCGCCAACAGGCCCGGCCCGUUAUUCCCUCUGCCGCUUGGGCCCCGCGACGCCGCCUCCCUCGGAGGAGAGGCGGGCGCCAAGGCUGCUGCUGCUCCAGAAGUCUCCCUCCUCGGUGUCGUCGUCGUCCUUCUCGUCCUCCUCCGAGUCCGGAGCGGAUAGUCCCGGCGGGGGAGGCUCCUCCUCGUCGCCGCCUGGGCCUCUGCCGCCUGGGCCUCCGCCCGCCGAAGGGAGCCCUCGGAGGGAAGAAGAGCCGGCCAAGGAAGGCGGGCCGCGGCCUUCGGGAGCCGCCCCUCCGCGGCAUUACUACCACCACCACCACCAUUACCACCAGUACCACCCAGGCCGCAGGAAACGGGACAACAAGGCCAGCACCUAUGGCAUGAACUACUUGCUCUCCGCCGGAGGAGCGGGAGGAGGAGCCGGGGAGGGAGGCCUCUGCCCCUCCGUGCAGCCCGGAUGCGGCCUGCUCCUGCAGGGCACGCCGUGGAAAAGGAGGCCCUACAGCCCCGGCAUCCAAGGGCUUCAUGAAGAAAUAAUGGAUUUUUAUGACUUUAUGUCCCCUCGUCCUGAAGAAGCAGUUAUGAGAAAGGAAGUCGUGAAAAGAAUAGAAACUGUCAUCAAAGAUCUUUGGCCUACAGCUGAUGUUCAGAUUUUUGGAAGCUUUAGUACAGGACUAUAUCUACCAACCAGUGACAUUGAUUUAGUGGUUUUUGGAAAAUGGGAAAGUCCACCUCUGCAGCUGCUGGAACAAGCGCUAAGGAAACACAAUGUAGCUGAGCCGUAUUCAAUUAAAGUGCUUGACAAAGCUACGGUACCGAUAAUAAAACUUACUGACCAGGAAACAGAAGUUAAAGUUGACAUUAGUUUUAAUGUGGAAACUGGUGUGAAGGCAGCACGACUCAUCAAAGACUACAUGAAGAAAUACACAUUGCUGCCUUAUCUGAUUUUAGUAUUAAAACAGUUCCUCCUUCAAAGGGAUUUGAAUGAAGUUUUUACUGGUGGAAUUAGCUCAUACAGCCUAAUUUUAAUGGCAAUUAGCUUCUUACAGUUGCACCCACGAAUUGAUGCUAGGAGAUUGGAUGAAAAUCUAGGAAUGCUUCUGAUAGAAUUUUUUGAACUCUAUGGAAGAAAUUUUAAUUACUUGAAAACUGGUAUUAGAAUAAAGAAUGGAGGUGCCUAUGUUGCCAAAGAAGAAAUCAUGAAAAUUAUGACUAAUGGAUAUCGACCCUCUAUGUUAUGUAUUGAAGAUCCUCUUCUGCCUGGAAAUGAUGUUGGAAGAAGUUGUUACGGUGCCAUGCAAGUAAAGCAAGUUUUUGAUUAUGCCUACAUUGUUUUAAGCCAUGCAGUCUCGCCACUUGCAAGAUCAUAUCCUAACAGGGAUUCAGAAAGCACUUUAGGAAGAAUAAUCAAAGUAACACAGGAAGUGAUUGACUACAGGGCUUGGAUUAAAAAGAAAUGGGGAAACAAAGUUAACUUGUCACCUGAUCUUGAUAUUCAAAUUAACGAGAGAGAGACCAUAUCUCCAUGCAGCAUACGCCAGAAUGGAGAUGCUGAACGGCUAUGCAACCCACCUUUGGCUUUGUCAUUUACUGGCACCCAGCAGUUAUCAUCAGGCUCAUCUGCCUCUUCUGUGUCGUCUCUUUCUGGGAGUGAUAUUGAUUCAGAUACUCCACCUUGCACAACUCCUAAUAUCUACCACUUCAAUCUACAAGCACCAUCUCAGCUUACAGCUGGUUUGCCCCCAGCAUUGUCUGUGCCAAAUGGUAAAAACCAGCCUGUGCCUGCAAGAACAUUGAUUAUGGCGACUAAUUAUCAGCAGCACAAUGGAAUUAAAUUUACUGUGAAAGGACCUCACAAUCAUAAUCAAGGCAAUGGAUACAAUUCUGCCAGCAAUGGAGCUGUGAGGCAGCCAGUUGGCAAUAGAGGACAUCAUCCACAUAGCCGUAAUAUCUGGAGAAGAAAGAAGUAUAGAGACAGUUUGCCUAUCAGCCUUAGCAGAUAAUGGCCAGCUUCCGGGUGUCCACUUCUGACUCCUGCAGUGUGUGUGGGACAGUCGUCCUAGGGAAUUUGACACCAUCACUGAGCGCAUCAGUUUGUGGAUGUUGCCAAAUAUCUGCAUCCAAUCUUUGCAUGUUUCUUUGUGUGGUGGUUGAGUCCAUCUUAAAAGAAAUAAUUGUGCUUAUCUGUGAAGCCUUAUUCAAUGUGGAAGUUUGUCUUCUGCCUAUCCAUGAAUUACUACAGUGCCGAAGCAGCUCUGGAAGGAAUAUUGGGAGGACCAUAAAUGCUGCAGUAAUUUCCUGUAGCUGUAUAUUUGUUCAUUGGAGAUUGUUUUGUUCUGUCAGAGAAGUAAUGGAUGGUUUGGAUUUUAUUUUCUGUUAUUGCAAUUUUUUUGUGACUUUGCCAACUGCCUUCCCAUUUUUGGUUCGAAAUAUUUUUGUUACCUUACUCCUAUCAAACAUAACUUGUGUGCAAUAACUGAAAAGGUUUGAAGCAUUUUUUCAUAUAAGUUAUAUUUAAGGGAUGAAAGAUACCUUUUUUCAUUUGCAGAUUCUUUCCUCGUUCUAUUUUUUUAAGUUGGGUUCAGUGUUCUGAUAGAUUGUGUGAACAAAAGGUCGAGCUCAUAACACUAAUUACUAUUCGAAGCUCCUUAAUUUGCAGAUUGACUGCGAUCUGGUUUAAAUGUUUAUAAAAUAUAUUGAGCUACAAGAUUUUUUUUACCUUUCCAAUUAGCUCACUAGUCUGGCAUGUGACACUAACUCAACACUAGUUAAUGUGUUUCAAUACAAUCCAGUCCUCCUGCAUUGCUCAUAUUUGUUUCAGUAGGAAUCAUGCAGGAGAAUAUGAGAUAAUUCAGUUCAUCUUUAUUCAUCCUUACAACCUGGAUAGAGAUUGGCAUAAAAAAAUCCAGCCAUUUAGGAUAAAAAUAGCUAAGUCCGAUUUCUAAAUUACACACUACCAAUUUUGUUGAUCAGUUUUACUUACCUCUGAUUGGUUGGGUCCAAGCGUUGUUUCUGGAUAAAAUAUCCAACUUAAGGAAUGUGGAGAAAGGAAUGUAUAUUGAUUCCAUUGAGGAAUCUGAUUGGCAGCAUACAUUAGUUCUGUUAAAAGCAACUACCUAAAAUGUACCUUCUGGCUUCUCUGAGAAUUUUAUUGGUGUGUUUAUCAAAGAUUGACCAGAAUCCUUCAGGUUAUUGCACUGAUAGGAUUAAUUCAUCAGCAAAACUGGGGUGAGGGCAAAUGCUUCUUUCCUGUCUCCUAUUUAGCGUGUUGCAUUUUCACAAAGUGUACCCUAACUUAGCAGGAAAUCUUGUAGAGCAGAUUUGGGGGGCAACAUGAGCAACUAUAGAGAGGAUAGGAGGAGAAAGUUCCACCACACUUUUAGUGCAGUAGUUCUCAACCUGUGAGUUCCCAGGUGUUUUAGCCUAUAAUUCCCAGAAAUUCUAGCCAGUUUACCAGCUGUUAGGAUUUCUGGAAGUUGAAGGCCAAAAUAUCUGGGGACUUACAGGUUGAGAACCCCUGCUUUAUUGCAACAUUGGAUUUAGACCAAUAUUUAUGUGACAGGCAGUUGAUUUGAGAUGUAUACAGCUAUACUAUGCAAGUGUGUCUUGCCAUGACAACCUCUGUUAACUUUUUAAAAGUAAGAACAUGUACAACUUGCAUAGCCCUCUGUUUUGAAGAGUGCCGUAUUCUAAUUUUCAGUGGCUGCAUCUUUUCAUGCUUUUUUUAAAACAGUGUUAAUUCUCCAGUGCACUAUGUUAGUACCUUUUGCCUGAACAGGGAGUUUAUAAAGAAACGUCUGAAUGGGUGCAAAUAUUCUUAAAACUGAUAUUUGAAUGUGUGACAAGGAAUAGUAAUAGUAGGUUUUAAUAUCUGCAGGUAUGCCUUGGAAAUAAAUGGCAUAUAUUGAAGAAAGAUAUCAAAAAUAAUGCUAGGCCUCUGGAUUGUGAAGAGAGCGACAUUCCAAAGCAGAGUAGCACACAUUUUGUAUGCAGUUCAUCUUGAUCCUGAGUUAAUCACAAUCAGAAGUCUGUAGAUUCUUGACCUAUUAUUAAUGAAUAGUCAUCUCCAUAUUAACUGGAUGUUACUCAGAAAGAUAGGCAUACAGUAUAUGACAUACUGAAUCAGUGUCUGUUGGAAGACGCCUUUCGUUUGUCAAAGGCACGGCAAACAAACAAGGCAGAGGCUUGAAAAUGAACAUUGUGACAAUUGGGCAGCCUGCAGCUGGAGAUGAACAGUUAGUGCUCCUGGUGGUCAAUCAUACACGAUAAUAUAAUACAUCCUGUGGCGAUAAUACUUGGCUACUGGGGCCAGAAUCCUGUCAUAUCACUAGGGCUUCUCAACCCACCUUUUUCUGGAGGAAUUUUUGUUUUUAAGCAGCAUUUGAAGCCGUGCAAAGGGGUGCCAACAGAACAUGCUGUCUGCUCCCACUGCACAAGCUGAAGUGCACAAGCUUCAUGAGAUCCUGGCCCUAAUUGUUGUAAAUGCGUCUCCAGGCAAAUAAUUAUAUUAUAAAUGAUACAUAAACAACCUUUUGGGUUUUGAAUUGCCAAAAUUUCAGCCUCUCCUGACACUGGAUCUGUAACUUUGGAUUGACCAUUUUUUUAGAACCUUGUGAAAGGUUUUGGAGAGAUGUUGGUACAAUAAAGGGAUUUAAACUUGAAUAAAACCAGUAUUCAAGGGCUGAUUAUUGACUCAUAUUACACUUUUACAUGCUAGCAAUAUUGAUUAUGAACCUACAUUAUGGGAGCCUUGGUUUCCUAAAUAGUGUCAGUUUAAAAGCAGGAUAGGCUUAAGAGAAGCAGAUAUCAUGUUCCAUUUCAGUCAUGGUGAACCAAUAAAUUGCACUGGCUACCACUCUGGUUAUGUUCUCUGCCGCUGUGGAUAGCUGAUUAAAAUAUCAUGUUAUUCUUUCUGUCUGUAUAACAAUGUGGGAAGCUAAAAUAUUUUUAUGUGAAGUUUUGUAUUCUUUGAUUUUUAAUAAAUUUUCAAGGCCA